AUGAAUAAUUCUACAUUGAACUUCACCGCACCUGAAACAUCUACAAACUCCACAAUUCAGUCCACUGGGCUUGUGGGAAGUCUGGACAUUUGUAUACACAUCAUCAAUUUCCUGUUUGGUCUUCCUACACAGUCCUAUGUUGUAUGGCUCAUCAUCACAGGAUCAAGAGUUGCAUCAGGAUUAUUUAACCUCAAUCUGUCUGUUUGUGAGAUUGGUAACUGUCUGAUUUCUUUUAUCAGUAUAUUUAAUUAUUGUACUGGGUUUUCAUAUCUAACAACACUAUCAGUGUUUUUGAUAGGACUAGGCGUCACUGGUCGUCCUCUGUUUCAGUGUCUGAUCUGUGUUGAGCGUUACCUGGCAGUGGUUCAUCCUGUAACCUUUCUGAAGUACAAACCUCUCAGAUAUAGAGUGAUCUGCUGCACUGUGGCCUGGAUAAUCACACUUGGAUGCUGUUUGUGCUGCAUAUAUACUAUUAGCUUGUUAUAUAUUUAUGUAUGCUUCUACUCCAUUCAGUUCCUCCUCUUUCUCUCCAUCCAGUUGUUCUGCUGUAUGGCUGUUCUCGGAGCUCUGAAGCAGUCAGGACCAGGAGAGAGAGGGAGAGAGAGAGAGGAAAACCACAUGAAAAGAGAAGCAUUUUAUCUCAUUCUAAUAACUACUGUAGGCAUGAUUAUUUUCUUUCCUGUUCUUUAUCUGCACUGUGUUGGGAAAAUCUCCUGUCUUUUCUCUCCAUAA